UAGGUCAUGUUAAUUACCACCUGUAUGAAAAAUGUGGUCAAGCUGCGUUUGAUGGAACAAAAGAUGGAGAAACAUCCCCACUAAAAGUUCAAAUUAUAUCUCGUGCUAAAAGAGAUUUAAUGAAGUAUUACAGUAUGGCUGGUUUUGAGGUCGACUCAGUUUUAGUAAUGACGUGGGUAGGAGUCCAGCACUUAUCAAGCUCUAAUGAUGUAAGUAAGGCCUAAUCGUAAGCAGAAAUUGUCACUUAAUAAUAACAAUAAAAACCUGUCAAUUUUGCAUGAAAAAACGUAUUUGAAUUACCAUGUGAAAAGAAAAAUGAAAUUAUUUAUGAAAAUGUAUUGUAAUAAACAUCUCUGAUUCGUGUUGCUAAACUUGUUUUAAAAAUCAACUUACAAAUAAUAAUAAUAUAAAUGAAGUUAGUCACAAGUAUAACUGUUUAUAGAAGCGUUGAAAAGGUGGAAUCACUUACUGGACUAAACCAUUUACUGUCACCAUAGGAACAAGAAAAGAAUACAUUUCAAGCUGUUUUUGUUAGUGGCUGGGAGAAGAAAUACCAAGAUGGACAAGAACGAUUGUUAGGUUUGGCCCAUUUUAAUAUUGUUUGGUUUUGAAAUAGUAAGACUUAAAACUAUAUCUCUUAUAACUUAUAGUAUCUUAGAACUCUGUCAUUAAUUUACCAUAUUCAAUAUUUACCUUUAUUUAAAGCAUUUUAAGCAGGGAACUUUGUUAUAAAUUUAAUUAACUGAACCAUUCUGUUAUGCACUAAAUUGAUUUGCCUAUAAUUGUAUCCUUUUAUCAAACAUUUCUUAUCCUAAUAAAUGUAUUGUAUUACAUUUAGAAGAGGAAACUUCCUAUGUAAUAUUCUUGUACCAACAAGGACAGAUGAACUGGACAUACGUAGCUGGAAGACUCAUCAAUAUUGGAUUUACUGGGAAUAUCAUGCCUGAUACAGACACAGCAUUUGUCAGCACACUUGACAAAGUGAAAGGAAACACAGGUGCUUGUAAUGUAUUGAUGAAAUAUCCUUACUUUUUAAAGUUUUAGGACAAUUUACCAGGUUCUAGUAGUGUCAUACAAAGUUAAGUUAAUACCUUGCUGGAGUUUUGUGAACUUUUAAAAAAAGUUACAAAGAGUUAAACUUUCUUAACAAUUAACCUCAAUAAUAAAGAAAUUCUGUUGAAACUUUAAAAUUAACAUGUUUUAAAAUUAUUUUCUUUUAAAUCAAUCAUAAUAAAUCAUAAUAAUACUGCUAUUUGAUAUUGUUAGAAUGUUAAGUGUACAAGGUAUUAUCAUUAAAGGCAUAAGACGAUUAUGAUUUUAGCCCAACUUUACACAAUAAUGUUUUUAUUAAAUCAGAAUAAUGUUAAAGGUAAUAAACUUCAUUUACAGGAUACAAUGGUGUAUACUCGUACCAAACUGGCAAAUCAAACAGCCCGA